AUGGCAAACUGGGCAGAAUUGCCACACGAUCUCCUAACUCUUAUUGCAAAGCGUGUUAAAGUGAUUGAAAAUUUCAUUGCUUUUAGUGCUGUUUGUAACUCAUGGCGAACUGCUGCUACGAAGGAAAAUUUUGAUGCGUUUUCGCCCCAAGUUCCGUUGCUAAUGCUAGCUGCUGAUAAAGAUAGUGAUGAUUAUCGGGAAUUUUACUCUCUUUCCAAGCAGAAUGUUUCACGCAUAUUUCUCCCGGAAGCUAGAGGGCCAGUAGAGUGUUUUCCAUCGGAAGGGUGGCUUUGCGCCAUCUCAUGCAUAGGAGAGAUGAAGUUGUUACAACCUUUCUCUCGCAUCAGUAUACAGCUUCCCUCGCUAAAAGCUUUAUUGUCUUUACAUGGCGAAGAAGCACCUAAAGAAGGAGAGUGGCAUUGCAUAGACAAAGCUGUCUUAUCUGCUAGUCCUUCUGUUACAUCAGAUUAUUCACUGGUGAUUUCCCGUUUUGGGGAGGGUAGCUUGUUGUCUUUUUGGCGACCUGGAGACCUCAACUGGACUAAUAUUAAUUUCAAGAAAUUUGAUGGAAUCUCCACUAUGGUUUGCUGUAAGGGGCAAUUUUAUGCACUAACUUUCGGUGGUGAAGUUUGGGUUUUUGAUAUUGCAUGCCGUAGUAUUUCCAAACCAAUUGUAGAGCCACGCAUACUUGCUCGGCUUAGAGAUGAUGAUGUAUUUCACAAUCCAGUUCACUUCUACCUAGUUGAGAUAUCCGAUGCACUAUUUAUUUUAACUAGAUUUUUACAUUCUAAUGGUCUUGGGUGUUAUCACACUGUUAAAUUUAAUGUAUAUGAACUAGAUCUAACCAAAGCUAAAUUGAACAAGGUCAGCACUUUGGGAAAUUCAGCAAUUUGUUUGGGCCGGAAUGGAGCAAGUUCUAUUGACUCAUCUGCCUUUACAAUAGUCAAGCCUAAUCAAAUAUAUUUUACUGAUGAUGGGGUUGAUGAAUAUAAGUAUUGUGAAGGUGGUGGUGGCGGAAGAGAUAUGGGGGCUUACCAUCUUGACGAUGGAAGCAUUGAAUCGUUUUAUCCUGGAUUGUCACUAAGUCCUAUUUGCCCACCAACUUGGGUCAAACCAUCAUUCUCAUAA